AUGGGACGACAGGACGAUUUAUGGUCAUUGUUUUAUAUGCUCGUUGAAUUCAUUCACGGAUCAUUGCCUUGGAGGAAGAUUAAGGAUAAGGACGAAGUGGGUCGGUUAAAGGAUGAAUUGAAUUUGGACGUGUUUCUGGAGGGAUGUCCACGCGAGCUGCACGAUUUUGCGUUACACUUGAGAACGUUGAGUUAUCCAGAUGAACCGAAUUAUGAGUUGCUGGAAAUGACACUGAAAACUAUUUUGAUAAAAUACGAUGUGAAUUUCGAAGAACCAUACGAUUGGGAAAUGGGUUACGAGAACAUCGGUGGUGGUAAACUGCGUGCAAAUGGU